GCUAAGUUUAUGGGACAAUGAUAUAAAAAUAAACGAGGUUUAGUUAUGUAACUGCAGCUGUUCACGGUGACGGGUUUGUGUUGUUUCUGAGUGCAGAUGCUGUCUGUUGCUUUAAGAAGAAUCGUCACUGCAACGCCGAGGGUUUCCCUCUGGACUCGUCGUCCUCCAACAUGGCGGCCGUCGUCCCUGAGCGGAUCGCCAUUCUCCUCCAGGUUCUUCCCGGAUAAUUUUGGUCGACUACAACCUCAUGGUUUAAUUUCCGUCACCCAGAAAACUCCGCGUUUCAACGGUUUAAUCACAUCGCAACAUUUCCACUCGUCUGCUGCGAGGCUGAAGAAACGAGACCGACCAGAACCGCCUCCCCGGGAGCUGGACCUGGUCCGGUAUGACAUGAAACACUUGUGGGAAGGUCCGAAGCCGGCGCUGUGUCUGGGCUUCGCCGGGCUCAUCCCCUUUGUCUCCCCUCCUCUGAUCAUGGCCGCCACAGAGACGUUUUACCCGGAGCUGGCCUACGCCCAGCUGGCCUACGCCGCCGCCAUCAUCUCUUUCCUGGGCGGUUCCCGAUGGGGGUUCGCGCUUCCCGACAGCAGCCCGGCCGAACCCGACUGGAUCAACCUGGCCAACAGCGUGGUUCCGCCGCUGUUGGCGUGGGCGGCCAUGCUGCUGAGCUACAGCCUUGUUCCGGCGGCCAUGAUGGCCAUCGUCGGACUCGGCGUUUCGCUGCAUUAUGACCUCUCUCUGCUGCCGACGUAUCCCAGCUGGUUCAAGGCGCUGCGCACCGUCCUGACCGUGACGGCGUUCUUUUCUCUGCUCGGAACAAUUUUAAUGAACGGAUCAUUUCCAGAGAAGUAUUUUUUCUGAAGCAUAUUUAAUGUUUUAUGUACAACAGCGUAUUGGGGCCGAGGAGGAAACUUCAACUUAAAAACUCAGAAAAUAUCUACUGGGGGGGGAAAAAAAAGCAUAUAAGUUUCCACUAGGUGGCAGAAAAAUGCAAAAUUUUCAUCCUGAUUUCACUAUAUUGGGUUUAAAUAAACCCAAUAAAGGACAAUGAUAUUCUUUGCUUAAUGUUUUCAAUUUCUAAAAUAAAAAAGGAUCAUCAAGAAACAUUUAA